AUGAGCCUGACGGUGCUGCACAUCUGCCUGCCUGCCCAGGGCAGACCAAUUCGACUUCCUUUUCUGAGAGGCUGCCAGGAGCAGGCCGAGAGCGCUACGUCUUUACCAAAACUUCACCAAGCGAAGAUGGAAAAAAGCUGGCUCUUCUCCCUCUUGUGUUUGUUCUCGGUGCCCAGCGUUGCAGACCGGCCUGAAGCUGUCUUUACACAAACAGAAGUGCUCCACGCUUUGCCGGGUACCGAUGUGACCCUGGUGUGCAGCUUCCCAAAACCACACACCACCCACAUAAUACAGACGCAGUGGUCCAAGACUGGUGACACCCACCUUACCAGAAUAGCUGUUCAUCACCCCGUUUAUGGCACCCAUUACUUCACAUUUCCAGAGGCUUCUUACAACUUUUCGGUGUCCUUCAGCACGAGGAAGUGCUGUGACUGGGAUGCUACCAAGGCUUUCUGUUCCCCCAAUCCAAACGUCACGUCUGAGUGCACUCGGUGGGCUCUGCGUCUGAAAAACAUUACCGUCUCACUCAGCGGGCAGUACGAGUGCAGUUUUGCUACUUACCCGUACGGGACAAAGGCUGCAAGCAUUCUACUCAUCGUCAAGGCAGACGAGGAGCAGCACUACCUGAAGGAAGUGCGGUUAAACCAGACUUUAGAAAUUCCAUGCCUGGAGGACAAGACCUCAGAAGAUUUGUCCAAUUAUCCUUUGAAAUGGCUAGUGGGGGAAAAUGGCGGGAAAGAGGAACUUGUGACCAAGGAGGCCUCCUCUCCUGCAGUGUACAGGAACGGCAGCACGCUGUAUGGGCAAAGAGUCCAUCUGGGUUUGAAUAAUGCUCUGAAGAUUUCCCCCACCAAAAUCAUGGAUGAUGGCAGGGUGUUUUCCUGCCAUGUGAUGUACCACCCGGAGAGAGUCCGGAAGAGCAGCACCACCGUGAAAGUAUUUGCCCACCCUGAGAUCUCCAUUAGCCUGCAGCAGGGCUCAGCUGGCACCUCGCAAAAGCUUAACGUAAGCUGCGUCGUGAGGAAGGCAUUUCCCAAGCCGAGCCUCCUGUGGUACGUGGACAGAGCGAGCCUGACGGAGCAGCCUGGAGAAAUUUCUGUUGCACAAGAAGACUCGCAAGACAGUGAAGGUUUCUAUCAGCUGACAUCAACGCUGAUGCUGCAAGGGAACCACCGGACACAUAAGACGUUCUCGUGUGCAUGUAUGUUUUUCAGGAAUGAAAAAUGGACUAUUUCAUCAGAAGAAAUAUUGGUUUCCCUCGACCUUGGAAAUUCAGCGCUUCCAUCAGCUGUCAUGACUACCUCAGAGCAUCAGUCGAUAUCUUUGGCCUCUCCAGAUUUCACAAGUCAAGCAAGCUUGGCUACUGCUUCCACAACACAAGCAGCCUUGGUUUCUACCACGGAGACAAAAAGCUACACCGAUGCCAUAGCGUUCAGUGAGAGUUUGACGACAGCACAUUUUAAAGAUUCCACCACCGAAUCCCCGCAAAGCCUCAGGAAUGCCACACGCUCCCCCGAGAAUACAACCCUGGCGCAUCGUAACAUGUCCUUCAGCAUCACAGACCAACCAAUUUCAGUUACCAGAGGGAAAGGUUUCUUUACUACCAGCAGUCUGCUCAAUAGUACUGGCGGCAUGAGGAACACAAAAGCCAGUCGCUUCCCCUGGCCAACAGUGGUAGCUGUCCUUCUCCUCUUCUGCAGUUUUCUGAUAGCUUUGGGCAUCAGGAAAUGGUGUCAGUACCAGAAAGAGAUUAUGAACAGACCUCCAUCUUUCAAGCCGCCGCCACCUCCCAUAAAGUACACAUCCAUGGUGGAGUCGGAUGGGACUCCCCCAUCCUGCCACGAACUGGAAAACCUGUAA